AUGAAAAUGCUCCUGCAUCGAUCGGCAAAGUCGCUCACCGUCGAACCAAGGCUCGACGCUGACAUGAUCGCCGCUUGCUGCGUGAUCGCCUCGGCACUGGUUUCCGCCGGCGCAGUUCCCAGUACGGCUCGGCGCCACGAACUGCGGUUCCCCGAUGAAUACACGGUCACCGGUCGUCUAAUAUUGCCUCACUCUGAUAUUGAAGAACCUUUCGCUGCUCGCUGCGACGGGCGUAGCAGGAAAUGUCGGAUUGAUUACUAUGAUGGCGCGAUGAAGACAUUUCAACUCGGCUCUGAGCUCUUCAGGAUCCACUGGACACCGAAUCCGGAAACUCACGCCCCAGAAGAGAAUUGCCGCACGGUGACUCUGAGCGAUAGCGAGGCUCUUGAGGCAAAAGGAGUGCUUCCGGAUCCAUCCGAGUACGAAUUCGCGCGUAGUGAAUAUUGCUAUGCUGAAGCGAGCGUUUGGCUCCGGGGAGUUCCUUAUGUCGAUUGCGAUCGCUAUGAAUGGAGUUCUUGGUACCGAGACCAUGCCUCAGACCACGUCCUAUGGGUCGCCAAGAAUGCGGAGGGUAACUCCGUGCCCGUGCGCUAUCGGAUGUCGGGCAAGGACGAUAUUCUCAAGUCCCAAUACGAUGAGUACGAGGUCAUCUACGACACCUAUAGCGCAGGACCCGUAGAUUCUCGUGCUUUCGAAGUGACGUCUGCGACGAGUCAACCUUGCCUUGAGAGCUCGGAAGCUCCAGAACCGUCGGUCCCUCUGUUCUUCAAUCCGAUCCAAGAAUUCGUCCGCCACAAUGCUUCACACGUGGAUGAAUACUUCGCCAAGUUCAAAAAGCAUCACGGGAAGGACUACCGAUUCGCGGCUGAAGAGAGACAACGACGCCACAAUUUCCGCCACAAUGUUCGUUACGUGAAUUCGAUGAAUCGACGGAACCUUUCGUAUGCUCUCAAACUGAAUGAACGCGCGGACUCGGCCCGUGAGGAGCUCGGGACCCACGGAGGUUGCUUGCGCCGCGCGAGUCGUCGAUUCUUCGGGCGAGAUUUCUCACCCGAAGAAUGCCGCAACGACCAAAUCUUGCCUGAUCAUGUGGACUGGCGUCUCGAAGGGGCUGUCACGCCAGUCAAGAACCAGGGCACCUGUGGGUCCUGUUGGAGUUUCGCUGUGAUUGCUCAUCUCGAGAGUCAGUACUUUUUGAAUAAUGGGAAGGAAAACCUGACGCGCUUCUCAGAGCAGCAACUUGUGGAUUGUUCGUGGGAUUUCUCCAACACUGGAUGUUCCGGUGGCUCAAUAGAGAGUGCUUUCUCCUACGUCAAGGAAUAUGGGCUGUUCACAGACGAACAGUACGGCCCCUACCGCGAAGAGGAGGGCAAAUGCAGAGACACCGUCACUGGGACUGAGCCGACGAUAUCCACUCUGGAAGGCUUCAAUGCGAUCGGUGGAAAAGAGUGUCUACGCAAUUACAUCGCGUUGAAAGGUCCGAUAGCGGUCGCGAUCGAUGCGAGCUCGCCAUCGUUCGUCUAUUACUCUCAUGGAGUUUACAAAAACCCCGCUUGCGGUCGUGAUUUGAACCACGCCGUUCUCGCGAUCGGCUAUGGAGAGCUGAACGGCGAGCCCUACUGGCUGAUAAAAAAUUCCUGGGGGGAUAUUUGGGGCUCGGAAGGCUUCAUGCUCAUCUCGCAGGAGAACAAUACCUGUGGAAUCGAAGACGAGCUCUCCUACGCAGAUCUGUAGGAUCGCUGCGAUCCGAUUCAAAAAUCAUCUGGUGUGCUGGAUGUCUGAUCCAAAGCAGACUGAAAAUUUUUGCGAAAAAUAAAAAUCAUAGCAACUA